AACACCCAGAGUCGAGGCUUUCAAAGUAUACCAAACCGACUUCUCCGAGGAUCACUCAAUACGCAUCAAACAACAAUAAUUUGUUAACCUAUGCAGCGCACAUUCCAAACAAUACACUUGCUGGCUAGACGUCGGCCCAAAGCACCUCUUCUUCUGGUAUUUCGAGUCCCAAAGCAAGCCCUCUGAGGACCCAUAACUCCUAUGUAUCAUUUCUGCAGCUGUUCACGAGCGAUGUGUUUCCGGACCCCAAGGCAAAGAGACUUUCACAUUAGCGGCGAGAAUUAUGCUGGCCAUUAUGUCCCAAAACUAAGUAUAUCUGAGGUGACCGCAGGUAAACCUUCAGUCAACGUUUACAGGCACUACCAUGUCGAGUCUGGUGCAGGCAGCAGGAAUCGCCUCGACAUUACGCGUCCGAGACGAAAAACGAUCUGUGUUAUCUGGAGAUCCCAAGUAUUGCGAACUACCUCAACCUCCCGUGGGCCUGGGAGGCUCUUCACGCAACCUCGAACUUGCGUGUAAAACGGUAGAUAAGCUGCAAUGGGCGAGUACGAUAUCGUGGCAGGGUCAAGCCGCGUUCGUUGCCCAACCCCAAAGAAUGUGGAGCAAUGGUGGCGAAGAAGUAGGAUGGUAUAAGGAAGUUAGGAUGGAGAGUGCGAGUGGAAGGGAGACGACCAUUGCGUUUGCUACUGUUGACUGCUGGACAUAUGGUACCUUUGACAAGUUGAAGGAGGCAUUGGCAUUGGCAUUGGUGGACAGGUGGUUGAACGGUUACGCAUUGUGUCAUCAGUUAGAGGAAGCCGAACGAGAUGCGUAUCCUUAA